AGAGAAUGUCUGCAAACAGGGCUCUUGUUUCCAUCGUGUUAUUAGGGGUUUCAUGGUACAAGGUGGUGACAUUUCUGCCGGAAAUGGAACUGGUGGUGAAUCCAUCUACGGCUUGAAAUUUGAAGAUGAAAAUUUUAAACUCAAGCACGAAAGGAAAGGGAUGCUAUCCAUGGCUAAUUCUGGUCCCGAUACUAAUGGUUCUCAAUUUUUCAUCACUACAACUCAAACCUCUCAUCUGGAUGGAAAGCAUGUUGUGUUCGGGAGAGUAAUCAAGGGAUUGGGCGUGAUUCGUUCAAUUGAGCAUGUCACCACGACGGAGGCUUAUUAUCCGACUCUUGAUGUCAUGAUAGCUGAUUGUGGCGAAAUUCCUGAAGGUGCAGAUGAUGGGACAUCUAAUUUCUUCAAAGAUGGUGACUGUUAUCCUGAUUGGCCAGCUGAUCUAAGCAUGAAACCAGAUGACAUUUCUUGGUGGAUGACCGCUGUAGACUCUGUAAAAGCUUUUGGAAAUGAAAGAUUUAAGAAGCAAGACUUCAAAAUGGCUCACAGAAAGUACUGUAAGGCUCUUCGCUAUUUGAAUACAUGCUGGGAAAUGGAUGAUGUUGAUGAAGAGAAAAGUGAUUCCCUGAAGAAGACCAAGUCUCAGAUAUUUACUAAUUGUUCUGCCUGCAAGUUGAAGUUAGGAGAUCUUAAAGGAGCAUUGCUAGAUGCAGACUUUGCCAUUCGUGAUGCAGAUGACAAUGUAAAAGCUUUCUAUCGCCAAGGUCAGGCAUACAUGGCACUCAACGACAUCGAUGCAGCAGUUGAAAGUUUCAAGAAGGCACUGGAUUUGGAGCCAAAUGAUGGUGGAAUAAAGAAGGAGCUUGCAGCAGCAAGGAAAAAGGUUGCUGAUAGACGUGACAGGGAGAAAAAGACUUACUCAAGAAUGUUCCAGAUGAGCUAAAUGCAGAUGAAUGGCAGUAUUCAACAGUUGUCAGGUCUUCUGUACAUGCUAGGAUACAUUGAUUAACAACUGAAAUCAGGCAGUCUUUUUGUGGAGUUCGAGUUAUUUUGAACACAAACAUGAAAUUUCAAACACCAAAUAGGGAUAAUUAUACAGACUUGAACUCAAAGCGAUGUUAUGUGUCAAGUAGAUCGCAAGUACAUGUAUGCAUCUGACAUCAUCUGAAGUAUGUUUUGAUCUUGACUACCAAA